CUUUCUGUCUCUAGGUGUUUAACCGUGGGUAUACCUAGGUGUCAUUUCUGUUGGACUUUUUUUUUUUCUUCUUCUCGCUUUGAGAAAAACUGGCUUCCCUUCCUUACCGUUUCAAAGCCGGCGGCGACGGAAAGAUGCCGGGCGCAGUUGGUGGGGGUCAUCAUCACUCCCACCGGCCCACGACUAAGGUCACGCACAAGCCGUUCAAGUCGAGGCAUGCUACCAAGGGCCAACUGCGGGACGCCGCGAAAGGGCGAAUUGCCGGAGAAAAGGGGCAGCGUAAGACACCACACCAACAGGUCAUGUCGAAGCUCGACCGACGGAACCAGGCCAAGCAGCGGCAGCUGGAGAAGGCCCGCGAGCACCAGAAAGAGACUUCCAUCUUCUCCGGCAGAGACGGUGCUCCGCGGAAUGUCGCUGUCAUUCCCCUGUGCGCCGACACCGAUGCCGCUGCGGCCAUCCGCAGCCUGAACGGGAGCAUUGACAUCGAGGCCGAGAUACGCGAUGGCUGCUUCCGGGUCCCGGUUGACAGAUUCAAGCAGAAGCUUCAAUACAUCCCGUUGAAGAGAGAUCUGGCUGCGUGCCUCGAUGCUGCCCGGGUCGCCGACUUCAUCAUUCUCGUCCUUUCUGCCGAGGUCGAGGUGGACGCGUUGGGCGAGCUGAUCCUGCGGAGCGUCGAGAGCCAGGGCAUGUCGACCUUGUUCACCGUCGUGCAGGGGCUGAACAAGAUCGAGCCCGCCAAGCAGAGGCUGUCUGUGGUGGCAUCCCUCAAAUCAUUCAUCACGCACUUCCACCCCGAGCAAGAGAAGGUCUACAGCCUCGACAACCGGCAAGAGUGCUCGAACCUGAUGCGGUCUUUAUGCAGCACCACGCCCAAGGGGAUUCGAUGGAGGGACGAGCGGAGCUGGAUGUUGGUCGAGAAUGUCGAGUGGGCGAGGGCAGGGACGGCGCCAACCGUCCUCACCGGCGUCGUCAGGGGCAAGGGCCUGAACGUCGACCGACUGGUGCAGGUUUGCGAUUGGGGGACGUUCCAGAUCGAGAAGAUCACGGCAGCACCGCUCGUGACGCGGAAGAAGAGAGGAGAGGAUGCCAUGGAAGAGACGACGGAGGAGGUCCUCGCGGAGCCGACGGAGGACCAAGACGGCCUCGACGACCUGGCGCCAGAGGAGGUUGUCAUGGAUGACGAUGAGGAUAUGGAUGCUGCGACAACCAUGACGGGCCCCAAACAGGGCGUGCUACUCGACGACCACCACUACUUCUCGGACGACGACCAAGUCCAAGAGCUGCCAAUGCCUAAGAAAGUGCCUAAGGGGACAUCCAAGUACCAGGCCGCGUGGUAUCUGGAUGACGAUGAUUUGUCGGACUCCGGGUCUGACUUGGUAGACCUCGACAUGCAAGAUGCCCAGGAUGAGGAGGACGAGGCCCGGCCAGAAGACGGAAUGGAGGGGCUCGCCGGGGAUACCAUGACAGAAGCCGGGCCGUCCGAAUACCCCCAGUCGGUAGCCUUCGAGGAGCCCGACGCGGACGAGGAUGCUCGGGCUCUUGAAGCGUAUCGCAAGAGCAAGAGGACAGAAGCUGAGGACGAUUUGGAGUUCCCGGAUGAAAUCGAGCUCCACCCCAAUGUGCUUGCACGGGAAAGGCUCGCAAAGUACAGGGGCCUGAAGAGCUUGAGGUCGAGCCCCUGGCUGGAGGAAGAGGAUAAGGCGUACGAGCCGGAAGAGUGGCAACGGCUGCUCCGGAUCCCCGACUAUAAGGCAUCGCGUAUCCGGGCGGCGCGCGAGGCUCUGGUCGGUGGGGUGGCCCCCGGAACCCGCAUUCACGUCUACCUCAAGGGGGUGCCGGUGGCCAUUCAGAAGAGCUACGAUCCCGGCCGGCCGGUCACUCUGAUCUCGCUCCUAAGGCACGAGCACAAGCGGACUGCCGUCAACGUGCUGAUCAACCUCGGCUCCGAUUACCCGACCUCGAUCAAGGCCAAGGAGGAGCUGAUCAUACAGUACGGCCCACGGAGGUUUGUCAUCAACCCCCUGUUUUCGCAAGGGGGCAGCACUCCCAACGACGUGCACAAGUACUGCCGAUUCCUGCACCCCGGACAAUCGGCCGUGGCGACGUUCAUGGGUCCAGUCGUAUGGGGUUCGGUACCGGCCCUCUUCUUCAAGCGGACGGUUCCGGGUAGCGAGACCGACGCCGGGAAGGAGGACGGUGAGGGGCCCGCGCUGCCCCUGACGCUCAUUGCCACGGGGACCACGCUGCCCCCGUCGACAUCGCGUGUCAUUGCCAAGCGGGCCAUCCUCACGGGCCACCCGUAUCACAUCCACAAGAAGAUUGUGACGAUCCGGUACAUGUUCUUCAACCGGGAGGACGUUGAGUGGUUCAAGGCGCUGCCCCUGUGGACCAAGCGGGGGCGUAGCGGGUACAUCAAGGAACCGCUGGGUACGCACGGGUACUUUAAGGCGACAUUUGACGGGCGGAUCAACCCGCAAGAUACGAUCGGUGUCAGCUUAUACAAGCGGGUGUGGCCUCGCAACGCCCGGCCUCUGGACGGGCCUCUGCUUGACCCCGCACUUCUGCAGGAGUCCCGGGAGGACGCGAUGGAGGACGAUAUGGAGUAGAGCAAGUGAGCGCGAGGACGCAUAUAGACCGCCCUACUGGGGCUUACGGCAGGAGUUCUUUUGGGGGGAAAAAAUUUGUUAUUCUGUUUGUUUGUUCUCCAUACCCGGUUCCCGUCCUUGACUCGG